UAAAUUUAAACUUUUCUGGAGAGUUCUCCCGCAGGUCCUUAUUUACCUAGACAGACAAAUGGUAGUUAUUUAUAACGGGCUCCGCAGUGAGCUCACAGAUAACGACACAGGAAGUGGUUUAAAGCUUUUGUAUUUGAAGCGAUAAAAAUCAAACAACAGGCUUUUGCUUGCUCAGAGUGGACACAUACGAGCGAGCACGCUGUGGGGGUGUCUGGUGAAAAUGCAAUAAAAAACAAACAUGCUGCUGAAGAGAAUCUGCAAAUUGCUUCCUAAAGUGUCACUGGUUUUACCAAGACGCAGAGUUGUCCGCUGCAGAAUGGCUUUGGAUCAGUCAGUAGCGGAGACAACCCGGUUCGACUUUCUGGUGAUCGGCGGAGGGUCUGGAGGUCUGGCGGGGGCUCGGCGUGCAGCCGAACUCGGAGCAUCCACCGCCGUGAUCGAGAGCCACAAACUCGGAGGUACCUGCGUCAAUGUUGGCUGUGUUCCCAAAAAGGUUAUGUGGAAUGCAGCCAUUCAUGCAGAGUAUCUACAUGAUCAUAGCGAUUAUGGCUUUGAAACUGGAAACGUUCGUUUCAGUUGGGAAACCCUUAAGGCCAAAAGGGAUGCAUAUGUCACACACUUAAAUCGCAUCUAUCGCAAUAAUCUUGACAAGGCUAAAAUCCACACCAUUCAAGGCUAUGCCAGGUUUACAGAAGACGCUGAGCCUACUGUUGAGGUCAGUGGAAGAAAGUAUACAGCUCCUCACAUCCUCAUAGCCACCGGAGGGCAGCCUUCUGUUUUGAGUGAUGCUGAAGUUCCAGGGGCGAGUCUGGGCAUCACUAGUGAUGGCUUUUUUGAACUUGAAACCCUUCCAAAGCGCAGUGUGAUUGUGGGAGCUGGUUACAUUGCAGUGGAAAUGGCAGGCAUUCUUGCCACCUUGGGGUCUAAAACAUCCCUCAUUAUUCGACAGACAGGAGUUUUGAGGAACUUUGAUGCCUUCAUAAGUGCAAACUGCACCAAAGAAAUGCAAAACAACGGUGUUGAUUUGUGGAAGAACUCUCAGGUGAAGUCUGUGAGUAAAACAGAGCGAGGCCUGGAGGUGACGAUCGUCACCAAAGACCCAGAGAACAAGAAUGAUGAAGAGAAGAUCAGUACCAUUGAGGAAGUGGACUGCCUUCUGUGGGCCAUCGGCAGACAGCCCAACAUAGCUGGACUGAACAUUGGAGUCUUGGGUGUAGAUAUAGAUGAAAGAGGCCAUAUCAUUGUGGAUGAUUUCCAGAACACUUCUCGAUCUGGCAUCUAUGCUGUAGGGGAUGUUUGUGGCAAAGCUCUUCUCACACCUGUUGCCAUUGCUGCAGGCAGAAAGUUGGCACACAGACUGUUUGAGGGCAAAAAGGACUCCAAGCUGGACUACUCCAGCAUCCCUACAGUGGUGUUUAGCCACCCACCCAUCGGUACUGUGGGGCUCACAGAGGAAGAGGCCAUUAAAUCCAAAGGAAAGGAGAAUGUGAAGAUCUACAAGACUUCUUUCACUCCAAUGUAUCACGCCAUUACAAGCAGGAAGAGUCAGUGUAUCAUGAAGCUGGUGUGUGUGGGCAAGGAAGAGAAGGUGGUGGGCCUCCACAUGCAGGGGCUCGGCUGCGAUGAGAUGCUGCAGGGGUUUGCUGUGGCCAUCAAAAUGGGUGCUACUAAAGCGGACUUUGACAAGACUGUUGCCAUUCAUCCCACCUCAUCUGAGGAGUUUGUCACAAUGCGCUAAUGCAAACAUAAUCCCCACCCUGAACCCUGUUUGUCUGGGCUGCUGAUGCAACCCAGACAAACACACCAGGACAGAGUCCCACC